AUGGUCCAUCCGUCAGAGGCCUCCAGGCUCGGCAUGGAGGUGCAUCCGCGCCCAGUGCCGACGUCCACACGGUCUCCGUCGGUGUCCUGGCACCCGCUCCUCCAGAGCGCUUCGGAAGAGGCCCUGGCUAUGGCUCGUUCCGCUUCUUUCGCCUUGCCGGACCGGUCUGCAGCCAGUCCCACGCGAGGUGCAACAGGCCAUCAAACACCUCCUGUCUGCUGCCGAAGCCCGAAUGCUGGGCACAUGCACUUCCCAAAGGCCACAUCGUUCAUCUCCCUGAGGACAAUCAACAACGAGAACGUGAAGCGAGUGGAGGCAACAGAGGAGAAGAUCACCAAGAGGCUGCCACAGAAUCGGGAUCGAGGCGUCCGCGUCGAGAACCCCAAGACCUCACCUCGUCUUGGGACUGGGGAGGGCAAGACACGGCCGCCGCCCCUACAGCUUACGAGCCUCACUACCCCUCCUACGGAGCUUCCAGCCCAGCUUGCGGCCGAAUACGAGGAGGAGGACGAGGUCAUCGGCGAGGGAGCUUUCGCCGUGGUGCGGCGGCUGCGGCACAGGCGCACACAAAGCUUGGUUGCGCUGAAAGUGGUGGAGAAGUACCCUCUGUACAUACGGAGCAUGAUGGGCCAGUUGGAGAGGGAGGUGCGGAUCCAGGGGCAGCUUCGACACCCUCACAUCCUGCAGCUGCUGUCUAUCGUAGAAGACGACCGGUACCUCUAUAUGCUCCUUGAGCACUGCCCUGGCGGCUCCCUGCGAUCUCUCUGCGCGCGACAGCCGCACUACCGCCUUGGGGAGGGAACGGCUGCCCGCUACUUUGCCCAGAUCUUGCAGGGUGUCGAGUUCAUGCACCGGAAGUGCUACGUCCACCGGGACUUGAAAGAGGAGAACAUGCUCCUGACCUCCGAUGAUGAGGUGCGCAUCUGCGACUUUGGCUGGAGUGCGGAGGUGCAGGCAGAAAAGGCACUCAAAACCACGUGUGGAACACCGCACUACUGGCCGCCUGAGAUCUUCAACAACGAGUGCCAGGACACGGCCGUGGACCUUUGGGCCCUUGGGACGCUGGUCUAUGAGCUUCUAGUCGGACACCAGCCCUUCUGGGGCUCCAAAGAGGAGAUCAAGAAGAAAGUCCUGGCCGUCGAUCUCCGCUACCCACCGAACCUGCUCACGGAGGAGGCCAUCUCGGUGUUCAAAGGGCUGAUGCAGCGAGAUCCCCGAAGGCGAACUCCGGCACGCGAGCUUCUGGAAGAGUGUCCAUGGGUUGCGCGGGCGUUGGAGCCCAGAACGCCAGCAGAAGGCUGCCGAACGCGGAAAGCUUUUACGCCGCCAGCCCCGCGAAUAGGUGCUUCCAUGAUCGACACCACAGCCAGCCGGGCAAGGGAGGUGUCGCGGCAACCUUCCGUGAAGACCGAGAAGUACCCCGAACGCCAGCCUGCGGUGCAGGCUGUGCGCAGUGGGCCGCUGAGAUCGCAGCUGCCGUCUCAGGUAGUGGCGCCAAUCAUCCGGCCCCCACCGGAGGCGCCACAGUCCUCGCCUGCACCACUCUCUGCAGCGCUGCCUAAUUCGAUGACGUCAAUGUUCUUUCCCCAGGAGCCGUUGAUACCACCACUCGGUGUGGAGGCACAAGUCUUUCGACAGGGGCCGCUUCUGCCCAGGCCCUGCCUUCAUCCUCCAGUUCUGCCGUUCCAGAACAAUCAGGCCCCAUUCCAGAUCCUUCCUGGGCAGCCGGCGCGCCUUGCGCCCGGGGCUCCUGGCCUGGCCCUGGGCACAGCAAGGUAG